UGUCUCUCUGUCUCUCUGUCUCUGUCUCUGUCUCUCUAUCUCUCUCUCUCUGUCUCUCUGUCUCUCUGGUUCUUGAUUAUUGUUAGCCCAGAAAGCGUCACACGAACACAAAAGCUAGCUCUGUCUCCAUCUAUCCUUCUAUGCAUUCCGAGGAAACGUGUAGCCAACAUUCCGCUCACCUACCCUCCUCUGUUCUCUCCAAGAAGUCCUGAUUAACAACCCGAAACUUCCUCCUUCCAUUUCCCAAUCACAGCCGCACUUUGCAACGCACAUUGCCCGGGAAAUCUUUCUCUCGCGCUGGUUAAUGAUUACGUACGUCUGCACCCGCCGCGGGGUCCACAGCCUCACCACCGUUUCUUGAUUUUCUUUCGUCGGCAAUGCCCCACCAAACCCACCAGCACAUGGUUGCGCAUUUGCGCGGUUGGGCGGAUUGAAUGAUGCUGAUGGCUUCGAAGGGCGCGCUGCCCAUCUGGGUCUGUGCCAAGGCGGCGCAGUUUCACGUGGGUUGCUCCGAUUUGGGGGGUAGGACUGGUGGGUUUGCUGUGAAUUGGAGUGUCAAGGGGGAUUCGGUGAGGCCUAGGAAAUGGGAGUGCCUGAGUGUUGGAUUCUUGGCUCAGAGAGCUAUCACUCCUGUUGAGGAUGAGAAGCCUCAAACUUCUGGGUUGGAGUCGUCUGGGGCCAUUGAAAGGACACAGCAAGAGGAGGCCAAGGUGUUUCACAGGGACUUGAAUCUUCUUCCAAAACCGCUGUCUGCGCUGGACCUAUAUUCUAAUUCAAAUGACGGUUCAAAAGUGCGAGUUGCUUAUCAGGGUGUACCCGGAGCAUACAGUGAGGCUGCUGCUCUAAAAGCAUACCCAAAGUGUGAGACAGUUCCUUGUGAUGAGUUUGAAGCUGCAUUCAAGGCAGUUGAAUUGUGGCUAGUUGACAGGGCAGUCUUACCUAUCGAGAACUCUGUAGGUGGAAGCAUCCACCGUAACUAUGACUUGCUUCUUCGUCAUAGAUUGCACAUAGUGGGGGAGGUGCAAUUACAAGUUAAUCAUUGUUUACUGGGUUUGCCUGGCACAAGUAAAGAGGAUCUUAAACGGGUUUUGAGCCACCCACAGGCUCUGGCUCAAUGCGAGAUGACACUAAUGGAGUUAGGUGUCAUCAGAGUCAGUACUGAAGACACUGCUGGUGCUGCGCAGAUUGUCGCCUCCGAUGGUCUAAGAGAAGUUGGAGCUGUUGCAAGUUCAAGAGCAGCAGAGAUUUAUGGACUUGACAUUCUUGCCAAAAAAAUACAGGAUGAUGAUGAUAACAUCACCCGUUUCCUUAUACUUGCUAGAGAGCCCAUCAUCCCAGGAACUGACAGACCCUUUAAGACAAGCAUUGUUUUCACUCUCGAAGAAGGUCCUGGUGUACUAUUUAAAGCCCUUGCAGUUUUUGCUCUUAGGGACAUUAAUUUGACAAAGAUAGAGAGCCGUCCUCAGAGAAAACGUCCAUUGCGGGUUGUGGAUGACUCAAAUAAAGGCGGUGCCAAGUACUUUGACUACCUUUUCUACAUUGACUUUGAAGCGUCCAUGGCAGACCCCCAGGCCCAACAUGCCUUGGGACAUCUGCAGGAAUUUGCUGGUUUCCUUCGUGUCCUUGGCUGCUAUCCAUCGGAUAUUGUUCCAUAGAGAGAUUCUUUGAGUACCUAAAUGCGGAUUCACAUUCUGAACAUAAAACGCGCAUUCUGUUGCCAACUCUAACUCUCCAUCUGUGCACAUCUAUACUCCAGAAGAAGGGGGUUAAAAGACGGCAUUUGCCAUUCUUAUAGAGUUAUUGUUGGUAGGAGCUUUUGUUUGUUAGGAUCAUUCUUCGUCAAUUCUUUGAGGAUGACGACAAGUUUCAUGUUAUCAAGCUUCGCAGGCGUCACCGAAAGGCCCGAGAUUAAAUCAUUCUUUUAUUCCU